CAGAUCAAUUCAACAGGAUCCCAUGCAAUACUGCAGUGUGCAGAUCAAUUCAACAAGGUCCUGCUGUUCUGCAUAUAGAUUCAGACACUGUAAAGUGUUUCCAAGCUCUUUACUGGCACUCACUGUACCUGGGGAUUAACAUAACGAUCUGAACAGCAGGAGAUAAAUAGUCUGUUUUUAUGUUGAUUAAACGGGUCUAGCAUGCUGUGAAAGAAGCCAGCAAAACUGUGCAGCAGUUUAAUGCAUAUGCAGACAGACUGGGGUAACCCGCGAGUUACUUAAAGCUGUGAAGAUGUGGUCGAAAUUGCUUAGCCCAGCUGUACACUGGAUCGGCCACUAGGAAAACGUGUGGUGUGUCACGUGACUGGCAUGGAAAAGACUAUAUACAUUCACAUCAAGUACCGACAGGCGACUUGACGUCCUUCAUAUGAAAUAAUGAUAUCUACAGCCGUGUUCUGUUGCAUUCUGGUUCAGCAAUGGGACUGCCUGCUAGAAGACGUCUAUUCACCACUGAGAACGAACAUAAUGUUUUGUGCACAAGUGUCUGCAAAUGGACAGCACAGUCUGAAAAGGUAUCGCACUGCAUAAACUGUGGACCUCUUAGAAACGAUAAAGUAGAUCUCGAAUCUGAUAGUUGUUGUUACUAAUAUUAUAACACCCCUAGACUCCGACUCCUCCGUCUGCACUGAUGCAUUCACCCAAGCACUGUGAGGAAGCACGGCAUAUUGAGAACACGUGUUUGCCAGAACGUCACUGGUUUGUGCGUGCAUGCGCUGGAGCUUGUCGAGAUGAAGCGCGGGACCCUGAGCACCGAGCGCGUGACCUACAGCUGGAAACCAACGGCGGGACCGCGCGCGCGCCCGAGUUUAGAAAGAUAAUGAGCCGUUUUAAAAUAAUCCAUUUUUUUUUUAAGUUAAUAAUUCAGCACACAGACCUAAUCCAUUUUUGCUUUGAACAAAGACGUUUGGGUUUGAGCGCUGUUGAGUAGUUGGGGUCCAGUUUGCGUUUUUAUGAGUAACUCAGACUUGAUUUUUUUUUUUUUUUUUCGGAAGCUGACGGACGGGUUCCGGUCUGACUGACUGACUGCAUUUUUGUCAGGAAAUUUUGCUGCUACGAGAAGAUUCGGUUUAGUUUGUGCAAAACGAUAUCCCGAAAGAAACAGUAAAACUCAAUUCGAUAUAUUUUUGUGGAUUCUAACAUUCAAAAAAAAAAAGAGGGCGCGUCUCAACUUCGAGCGGAGUUCCAGUCCCCCGCUCCUGUCAAAAUAAAGAAGCGGACAAGCUCCGAGCGCCGUCUUUCUUGUGGCGGAUUUGAUAUUUUUAAGGGAGAGCUGGAGGAGGAAUGAUUUUGGAAAACUUUACGGGAAUAUAGCGCUAUAUAGUGGAUUCCAAAAACAUCUCGGUCUUGGAUUAUAUUCGAAGUUUUUUUUGUGUUUAAACGCACUGUAACCUGGAUAGUUUCCCUGUGCACCUAUGAAAACAAGCAGGAUUAACUGUCAUUUUGAAACUUGGUAACGUCACGGAGCUACCAUUUAUUUCAGACGUUUCUUGCGAAGUGUUAUUAAAGUUGAUUUGUUUGGAUAUUCGUGUUCUUUAAAGUAAUGGCGAUAACUACGUAUCCCAAUCGGAUUUAAUAGAUAUUUAGAUUAUUUGACUGCGCAGUAAAUGUGCAGCGUUUCCCUGGUUUGAAAUGACAUUUUGCUCCAGACAGAACAUCCUUUUGUGGUGCAUAGCCGGAUCUGUUUCAAAAUUAACACAUCUUGGAGUUUUAACACGGCACAGUGCUUAAGAAUCGUUUAAUUAAAACCAAAAACGACGAAUUAAAGAUUUUUUUGUCGUGUUACAAAGCACAAAAAAGGGAAACUUUGCAUUUAGCAACCCUAAUUGCGGAAGCUAAUCAUUCGGUGUUUUUAUUUUGAUUUUUUUUUUUUUUUAAAGUCGACGAUUACAAAUGGAUUUCAUAAAUGCCUUGAAGUUAUUGUUGCACCUUGACUAGUUCUGAAGGAGAACUUUUCCUAUUCGGAAAGCGCUCAGUACUUUUGUUAUAAAACUACAUUCACUUCAGUAGUCCUUCGGGAAAUAGAUUGGCCAGAGUCCAAAGAAUGUUUGAACGCUGCAUACCAAAGAAGAUAAAUCCGUUUCUUGCGUUGUGGUGUGUAUGAUAUUGCUGCGUGUCUUUGGUACAGAUAUAAAUAAAAAUAAAGGCAGGAAAUAAAAACCUGAACGUUUCUGCAAACUGCAUCCUAUUUGUGCCAGCUAUUAAGAAGAAGUGGAUUUUCUGCUCCAGAUGCCACAAACAGAAUAAUAAAAAAAGCUGCGACUCUUUUCAGGAUGACAUUACAACAUGUUAAUAUUUGUUUAGUGCUUUCCUUUGAGGUUUCUCCAAACUCCAAGAUGUGGUCCAGAUGAUUGCAAAGUGUUAUUUCCGUUUGAACUGAAACACACGGCGCUUUGCAUCUUAAACCGGGAACAGAUUUUCCUGGAAGAUCAUACCCGGGUUGCGGUCCUUCCCAGGUGGGAACAGGUUUUGGGGAGCUCUGCUUUACACCUGGGUCAUUACAGCUGCGUUGUGUUCUGGGUAAUGGCUUCCAUUGCAUGGAUGGUUGCCUUUGGUUUACAAGUCCCAGUGGCAGCUGAAUUCCCAAGAACAUAAGCAAUGCUAAUAAACAGCUAGCGGCAUUAAUGUCUCUGUGCUUUUAAAGACAAUGUCAAUGGGCAAGGGAUACCACUGACCAGCACCAGGAGACGCGUGGGGAAUAUUGCCUUCCGAUUACCGCUUUGGUUUGGAGCCUAGGGGCAAAACAACUGGCCUGAAUACUUUUCCACAAGAGGUAUCUGUGUGAUGUGAGACACGGAGCAGGGAUUUUCCAAGACCUCAGCUUAGAUUGAGACAACAGCCAGCUUCAAAAAUGGAUGAGCAGGAGGCCCUGCACUCCAUCAUGAAGGACCUGGUUGCUCUGCAGAUGGGCCGGCGGCACAGACUGAGCGGCUACGACAGCGUCAAGAGCAAGGCCCCCAGCCACUCCAACAAGCAGAAUGACGUGAGAAUAAAGUUUGAACACAAUGGAGAAAGAAGAAUAAUCCAGUUUGCUCGGCCAGUGAAGUACGAGGAUGUGGGGCAGAAAGUGAAGACAGCAUUCGGGCAGCAUCUUGACCUGCAUUACAUGAACAAUGAGCUGUCCAUCCCGCUACGAGGGCAGGACGACCUUGACAAAGCCAUCGACCUCCUUGACCGGAGCUCCAACAUGAAGAGCAUCAAGAUCCUGCUGCUGUGCCAGGAGAAGAACCACGCCACGUCUCCGUCCCACACCAUUGCUCCCAAGCAGGUGCGAAUCAAAGCGUCCCAGUCUGUGGGAGACGUGAACACAGCCUUCCAGCCCUCUGAGCCCCGGGGCCGCCACCUCUCAGUCAGUUCUCAGAACACGGGCCGCAGCUCGCCCCCUCCUGGCUAUGUCCCAGAGAGACAGCAGCGCAUCGCCCGGCAGGGCUCCUACACCAGCAUCAACAGUGAGGGCGAGUUCAUUCCGGAGAGCCACGACCAGUGUAUGCUGGACCCUCUGAGCAGUGCAGAGAACUCUGUGUCUGGAAGCUGCACAUCGCUGGACAGAACUGCAGACAGCCCUUCCCUUCGGAAAUCCCGGAUGUCGAGAGCGCAGAGCUAUCCUGAUAACAGACAGGAGUUCUCAGAUCGGGAGAACCAGGUCUACGACAAAGCCGGGAAAGGGGGCACGUAUCCACGGCGAUACCACGUGUCCAUGCAGCACAAGGAUUACAAUGAUGGCCGGCGCACGUUCCCUCGGAUCCGUCGGCAGCAGGGGAACCUCUUCACUCUCGUCCCGUCCAGCCGCUCGCUCAGCACUAACGGGGAGAACCUGGGGCUGGCAGUGCAGUACCUGGACAGCAGAGGGCGCCUGCGCAGCGCGGACAGCGAAAACACUCUGACUGUGCAGGAGAGGAACGUCCCCACCAAGUCUCCCAGUGCCCCAGUGAACUGGCGGAGAGGGAAGCUGCUGGGACAGGGAGCCUUUGGGCGCGUCUACCUGUGCUACGAUGUCGACACGGGCCGUGAGCUCGCCGCCAAGCAGGUCCAGUUCGACCCGGAGAGCCCCGAGACCAGCAAGGAGGUGAGUGCGCUGGAGUGUGAGAUCCAGUUACUGAAGAACCUUCAUCACGAGCGGAUAGUGCAGUACUACGGCUGCCUGAGGGACAAGGCGGAUAAGACGCUCACCAUCUUCAUGGAGUACAUGCCCGGGGGCUCUGUGAAGGAUCAGCUGAAGGCAUACGGAGCGCUUACGGAGAACGUGACCCGGAAGUACACACGGCAGAUCCUGGAGGGCAUGUCCUACCUGCACAGCAACAUGAUUGUGCACCGAGAUAUCAAAGGAGCCAAUAUUCUGCGUGACUCUGCGGGGAACGUGAAGCUGGGGGAUUUCGGCGCCAGCAAGCGCCUGCAGACCAUCUGCAUGUCUGGGACGGGGAUCCGCUCGGUCACCGGCACCCCUUACUGGAUGAGUCCGGAGGUGAUCAGCGGGGAGGGCUACGGCAGGAAGGCUGACGUGUGGAGCCUGGGCUGCACAGUGGUGGAGAUGCUGACGGAGAAGCCACCGUGGGCGGAGUUUGAAGCCAUGGCAGCCAUUUUCAAGAUCGCCACCCAGCCAACCAACCCCCAGCUCCCCUCGCACAUCUCGGACCACUGCCGGGACUUCCUGAAGCGCAUCUUCGUGGAGGCGAAGCACCGGCCGUCCGCAGAGGAGCUGCUGAGACACCCCAUCUCUCAGACCGUGUUCUGAGCUGGCCCCCCACCCCCUCUCCAGGCAGAUGGACUGGGGGCGGACCGCGGAGCUGCAGCGUUACCAGCUUCUUCAUCCCGUGGAGAGAAGGGAGCAAUCCAUCACCAGCAGGGGUGCUGCAAAGAAACUAAGUGUGUGUGUGUCUCUAAAAACAGAGUUCAGUGCUCGCACUACCAGUGCAAUCCAGAAGAGGUGACUGCAGGCUGUCAAAUUUCUUGUCCAAAGACUGUGUUGCUGAUGACAGAUCUGCAGAGGUCAGGAUCCACUGGAGUAUUUGUACAUGUGCCAAUCCGUCUGAUCUUGUUCCUGCCUUCACCGUCCUCCCGUGCAGCAGCUCAGGAGAGUCUUCAAGCCUUUACCAAAGAGUAUUUCCUCACUGGAGCCGCACAGCUCUACUGCCACAGUGCUGUGCCCGGCGCCCUCGGGGUUUAAAAAGGGAUUCUGCUUCCGAAGCAUACCAAAGAAAAGUGUCCUUACUGAGAGGAUUAUAAUGAUUGCUUUAAAUAUCCACUCCAGUAUUUUUAUACUUUACCAAAUGCUAUCUGUUACUGCAGCAGGGAGAAAGAAAGACUCUCACAGGGGUUCAGACAUGCCAAAUCCUAGCAUUUAUUUUGUCAGAAAUGCACUUUUUAUGAAUGUAGUUUUUUUUAGCUUUUAGAUCUAUUCUUCUCAUAUAAUGUGACGCCUUUUUUACUUUAUUUAUAUCCUCAAGAUCAUUAAUUGAUGAUUUUUUUUUUUUAUGUAUACCGACUCUAGACUGUUUGAAAUCUAAUGAUGCCUUUAAAACAGAAAAAGCAGCUGGUUUUGCAGAGAUUAUGCAGAAGGUUUAUUUGUAAUGAAGAGCUGGGAGAAAUGAUCAAUCGCCUUGCUUCCUGUCAGAUCUCAUCACGCCGCAGAAUAACGGUUUACUGUAGCAUAACUGUAGAACCUGAUCAUUUCGUUUGACAUGUUUUCUAUCUAAACGUACCAGUGUGUAAGCCCAUUAAUGUGCAGUGUUACCUGCCUGUCUCCACAUAAAUUGGCUAUUCCUGCGGUUAUGUAGUCUUGCUGGUACAGUAAUGACCAGCUCAUCAUUAAGACUAAUCUGUCAGAAUAUCGUUCCUCUGACUAGCUCUCCCUUUGGACCUUUAUCUGGGAUUCAAGUAACUGCAGGCAGAGCUGCUAUACAAGAACACCUGCUUCUCAUUAUUCAUGAAAUGCUGCCAGUAUCUUCAAACCAACAAAGCACGCUAAAUGAAUCCUAUGGUGCUUUACAAGGAUGGGUUUCGUAAAUAAAUAUGCCGAGCUGCACGAGAGCUUGAAAAGAACAGCGAUUUAAAACCAUCGCUGGCACCUUCAUCAGAAAAGAUCUUGCUUCCUCCACAAAAGCAAGCCCUCGUUGUCAUGGCAGCCCAUGGCUUGUGAACCGCUCCCUUCAGGGGGCGAGUAUAGUGGAGAGAGGCGCUCCAGACAGGGAUUCUGCAGUGUGUGCCUCAGCUCUACAGUGGAAUCUGACAGGGUGCGAUAGCCUGGCAUUUCUCCCAGCCUGACGAUUCUGUUUAGCCCAGGGUAGGUCCGUCUCAGUGCCCAAUCUUUUACUUUAAAAAGGAAGUAAAGCAACACAGUUCAAAUGUUUUAUAUACUGUAAUGUAGUGACCUUCCCGAAAGGACAGGUCACGAACUUCCUUAGUCCACAUGGGAUAUUAUCUUUUUUUGGGGGGGGGGAUAUCUUUUGCAUCAAAAGAUGUUAUUUAACCCUUUAUUGACAACACCGGGUAGGAAUCUGUGCUGUAGAUUUGUUUCAGCUCUUCUGACAUCUCUCGCAUUUAUACAGUAUUAUACAUGUUAACUCCACACAAGGAUAUUAACUGAAUUAUUUAACAUUGCACCAUAAAAAUGAGCUAUUUUAACAAAGCUGUUCAAACAUGGCAGAACAGCAACAGGUUAACACAGUAAACCGACCCGGGGCAGAGUCAUUGUUGCCCAGUUACCACUGUAGAAGAUUUUAAUUCGAUAGUUUUGUAUUGCCAUGUUUGGUCUGUGGAGUAUUUGAAUAAAAAGCAGGUAUUAUCCUGUAUGGUAUUCUAUACAAUGCAAAUACCAGCCUGCCUGUCUUUCAGUUUGCGAUGGAAGUUAAAUGUUACUCUCAUACAAGCAAUUCCAUGGCAAGCUGCUGUUAACAGGACUGUAAAUGGCUGCUGGUUCAUCUUUAACUGUGUAGAGUCACAGGGAGUGUCCUCCACUGCAUCAAGCAUUGGGAUGAGUUUGUUGCUGUGGUUUCAUGGUCACUGAUGAGCACUGGCAGGGUGGGACCCUGGGUUAAACAGAAGAAUAGGAACCAGUAUAUAAAUAUAUAAAUAUAUAUAUAUCGACAGGGGGCUUGCAGUGCAAAGCCAGCCCAGUGUAUCAAAUGUAUUUACAAUAAAAUGAUCAAUAUACCUAUU